UGUUUUCUGCUUCUGUUUUCAUAAAAUAAUUUUCUUAUGAUAUAUAUUAAUCUAUCCAAUAUCCCAUAAUACUUAAGAUUAUCUCAUUUUCUCUCAAUCGAGAAUUGCUUCUUCCUCUUGGUCAAUUGUGCGUUGGUUUCUUCAGGAAACGAUGUCGUUUCUUGGACUGGAAUGAGGUAUUACGAGUAGAUAGUUAUACAGUAGAAAGUAGGAAAAUGCGGACGCUUUGCGACGUUUGUGAGAGCGCUGCUGCUGUUCUCUUCUGUGCGGCCGACGAAGCCUCUCUUUGCUGCUCCUGUGAUGAGAAGGUUCAUAUGUGCAACAAGUUGGCUAGUAGACACGUGAGGGUGGGGCUAGCGAACCCGAGUGAUGUGCCACGCUGUGAUAUAUGUGAGAAUGCGCCUGCUUUCUUUUAUUGUGAGGUAGACGGUAGUUCCCUCUGCUUGCAAUGCGAUAUGACUGUGCAUGUUGGUGGUAAAAGAACCCACGGGAGAUAUCUCUUAUUGAGGCAGAGAGUUGAGUUUCCAGGGGAUAAGCCAAGUCGUUUGGAGGAGCUAGCACUUCAAACCAUUGAUCCGAGUAAAGUAAGGACAGACCAGACUCAAUCACUUAAGAUCACAGCAAGAGAGAACCAGCAAAAUCAUAGGGCCUCUCCUGCUCCAAUGCUAGAUGUUGAUGGCAAGGUGGACAAUAAAUUAAUCGAUCUUAAUGCUAGGCCCCAACGUGGGCAAACUUCAAAUAAUCAGGAACAGGGCAUUGAUCUUUUGAGUGGCAGUAAUCAUGAGUCACCUGGUGUGGUUCCUGUCGGAUCCUUCAAAAGAGAGCCUGAAAAAUGAGAAAGAAUUCUCCACCAGGCAUGCCACAUAUUGGAUAAUUGCUAUGUCGGGGGUGAAGACUGGAAGAUCUAAUGAAAUUCUUGUUCAACCCGUCUGCAUAUUUACCUUCUUUCUGUGGAGGUCUAGAGUCGCUUUGUAUGUGCAUCUUGUUUGUUAAGUCUUUAUCUUAGUCAUGUUGUCUAAUAUUUGGUGAGUCAUGGCUAUAAAGUUUUGGCUUUGUAUUAUGGAUAUAUAUAAGUAUCUGUUGCUAUGUCAGCCGCUAGGUUUUCUACUGGUAUAUUAGUCUAUGAUGGUUAAACUACUAUGAUAAAUAACAAUGUCAGUAUGUUUGUUUUA